AUGACAUCAGGCGGUGUGUGUGGGCUGCUCGUUCGAUGCUUCUCUCGCAGCCGACAGAACACAUUUGGCGGAACAGGUGUGGAGGAGGCUGACAGCCACAGAGAUCUGCGCCACGCGUCUCGGGGGCACGGGCGCAACAUUGUGACAUCCCUCAGAUCACGGCUGCGAAAGUUCAAACAGCCGUGUUCGCCCAUCGCUCGCAAGAAUCUCCUGCAACCUCCUCCAACAGAGCAGUCAGGAAAGGCCUUUAGAUCACACGAAUCCAAAUGA